AUGCAAAGCAUAUUGCACACCACCCCUGAAUUAGACAAUAAAAUAAACGAGAAAAUGGUUGAGACAGAGAACCAGAACGUGGAAAAAUUCUUUAAGAACAGAUGGGGUAUAGGUAAGGUCGAAGUGUAUGAUAUAUUGAAGGAAUUCAACACGUCCUUAAUUGUCGAGGAUGAGGUGAGUGGUUUCACAUCCGUUUGCGACACCGUCGUGGAGGGUUACAAGGUCACGGACCAGAGCCUUCACAAAUGUUUUUGUAAGGCUCUUAUGAGGAAUUUAGCGAAAGUAACAAAGAGCAGUAGCACAUAUACGUACAAAAAGAGGGGUUGGGAGGUGGAGAACAUGAAGCAGAAUGCACCAUGUGAUCUAUUGAAUUUGUGGUUAUUAUUAUAUAUAUGGAAAUAUAAGGUGCCAAGGAAUGAUAUUAUCUAUGCUUUCACAGCAAUAACACAUUUAAACAAGGCAUUUUCCACAAAGGAACAUGAGGAUUGCACAUAUACAGGUAAGUUCUCAGUGGACUCAACGGACGAAAAUAGAUAUAUUCUCAGUGACAUUAAUAAAUGGUUUUUGAAUCAUGGCACUAGAAGCAUAGGUCGGGCAAUGGAUCACAAGACUACAUGUAAUCAAAAAAGCAGGAAGGUUGACGAGGAUAGUGCACUUCCAAACAGGGAAAUGGGAACAAUACCUCCCGAAUUGCAGACUAUAGUUGAUAACCUUUUCGAAGAAAUAAGCAAGGUGGAGGAUAUAGUUAACGCAGACGACGAUCUGCAGCAGCAAGAGGAAGAUGAAGAACAGGAGGAAGGAGAGGCAGAAGGGGAAGUGUCUGAAUCAUAUGAAACGGAAAAGCCAGGGAAAAAAGAUGAACCACAGAAGGAGGCUGCUCCUGUUGAAGAAAAGAAACCACCAGUUCCUAUACCAGAGAAACCACAUCCAGAAGCACCAUCGUCGGAGGACGCCCCUGACCAGAAGGACACAGGUUCAGAAGCUGCUGCUGCUUCCAAACUUACUGCCAAGAAAGGAAUCGAUCCCUUCCUCCCUUAUUUCCCUCUUGCUCCUGCUACAAUCGGAAUCACUGUUAUGAGUUAUUUACUCUGGAAGUACUUUGGAAUGCUUGAAGUCUUAGACGAAUGUCAAAGGGGCAACUUGCAUUCGACGAAGAAUGACUUUUUUGAAAUUUUGGUUCAAGAAUUUAUGGGAAGCGAAUUCAUAAAGGAAGACUUUAUUCCUAAGGAAGAUGUUCCUACAGAAUAUGUUCCUAAGGAAGAAGUUUCUAAGGAACAGGUUUUGGAGGACACUGUAAUUCUUUUAAUUUCUCUUGAAUGCUCUGUUUCUUGUGCUCUGUCCAAUAAUUUGUGCAGUCCUAUGACAGGAAUUAACACUAUAACCUAUUACCCGAUAAAUAAUCAGCAUAAACCAGUUCAUUUGCACACGGGACCCCGUAUUCUCCGCCAUCCAUUCGAUAUGACAAUACUAAAGGACGAUAAGGACUUUCAAGCAUUGAUGAGGAGGUGGUUGGAAGGGAAUCAAUCUAAGGGGACGAAUGAAAACGCCAAGAAGACACAAUUAAUGAGUGAAAUAGCAAAAUGGAUUAAAGAAAUGCUGAAGGAAAUGGUGAACAAAGAAAGUGAAGAUCUUAGUAAAGAACUAUGCGAAGGAAUGAAUGGGGAAGGAGGGAAGAAAAUGACGUCGGAAGAGUUGGACGUGUGCACGUUCAUUGUGAAAAAUUUAUAUAACAUGAAAGCAAAAAGUGCAAGUCAAUGUAGAAAGGGGAAUGCGAACGAAGAAAUGGAGCAUUAUGUUAAAUGUACAGUAAUGAAUGCAUGGAUUGAUGAAUACUGGAAUGCGCAUUGUAAGGCUGCAAAUAACGUUAUAAGCAAUGCAAUCGCUGUAAUGAAGAAUAUAAGUGGAAGUUUUAGUGCAGGUGCUGCUUGCGAAGAGUGUACGUAUAGACAAUUGGAACUUAUGCUAAUAAAAGGAAAGAGUAUGUUAGACAUUAUUCAACAAGCUAUAAAAGGGAAUACGAAAGUUAUGAAAAUAAUAGAAAGCGCCGGACCAAAAGAUCCAUGUCCAAAGCCACCACAACCACAUCAACUACAUUUACCAACAGUAGGGAAGACCGUCACCACGCCAGAAGAACAGUUUGCCAAUAUAUUAGAAGGUUGGUUGAAGGAAGCAGAAGGGAAUAAUGGAAUAGAAUUCAAUAAACUGUGGACAAGUAUAAGAACAAUAUAUGAUGAAGUACUGCAGGAAAUAGGGAAGACGGAAAAUAGGCAAAUACAAGGAUUGUGUGCUAAAGAUGAUUCCGGGGUGUUCAAAAUUAUUCCGCAGCAGAAACCUAUAUGCAAGGCACUGGUUAAAAUAUUCCUGUAUAUGGAUGGAUUGAAACCGAAGGGGGGGAAUGAGUGGAUAGAGGAAAAAUUAAAAGGAGAACAAUCAUUCAUGAGGUGUAUUAUAGGAACAGUGAUUAUGUACAAAUUAUUAGAGAAAUAUUGUUGGUUUAAGGACUACAUAGAAUAUGCAUCCAGGAUGGUGAAAACCAUAAAAGAGAAAGCAAAAAUGAAUAAUAACUGCAGGAAAUGUUCGUGGUUAGAUUUGGAUAUUCUGAAAGUAGGGUUAGAAUUAUUCGGGGGAACUAUAGAAGGAUGGAUUAAAGAAAAAGAACCUACUAUUGCAGAUAAAGUAAAUUUGGAGAGGCAUGGACAAUGGUGCCAAGGGGGGGCAGCAAGUAAAGUACAAAGGGGAAGAGGAACAGUUCCGAAGGGAGAAGAAGGAUGGACAAUGAAAGAAAUAAGUGACUUAGAAGAAUUACUUAAGAAUGAGAAAUACCUAUCGAAUGUAAGGGCGAAUGUGAUUAUGGGAGAAAUAAGUAAGAAUAAAGGUAGCGGUGAUAUAGUGAAGAAGUUGAAGGAACGAUUAGAGGAAGAAAUACAGAUAAAGAAAGGAGGAACAAGGGUACCGACUAAGGUAACGAAAUCCUUACCGCCGGGCUCAUCCACUGGUUCCGGUUGUUCUGGAAUAACCAUCCCAGGUGUUUCGGAGGAGGAACUAGAAAUGUGGGAAGAGGAGUUUACAGAAUUUUUUAAUAAUCCAAUUGUUGAUAGUGGGAAAUAUGAUUAUGCAGAGUAUGCAGCACUAUCAGCUUUUUGUGAUGAUGGGGAGGACCAAAAAAUUUUCUCAAAGAAAGGACAUAAGGAGUUUUGCCAAGACCUCGUGAAGAAUUUGUUGUACAUAGGGAAAAAUAAAUAUGAAUGUGAAAGUAAGCCAAACGUUAAUGGAAAAAAGAAACCAUGUGUAAGGAAAUGUGAUCUAUUGAAUAUAUGGUUAUUGAGCCUAGACGAUUACUGUGUACCCACGGAAAUUAUUAAGCCUAUUUUUGAUGGAGUCAGAACUUGGAAAACUAAUUUUCCUCAGCUAGAGGAAUAUGCAGAAUGUGUAUAUGGAUCUAUGAGUGACAUGUAUAGGAAUAAUAUGCACAUACUGAGUAAAAUUAUAAAAUGGAUGAAAGAAAAAGCACAGAAAGGGUGUUUUGGGCACAACCAUAAAUAUGGUGUUUGUAGAAUGGAGAAGGGACAAUUUACUGUACAACUUCCAGGGAGAUCGGACCGUUCCAAAGGGAAAGGAACAACGGAUGAAAAAUUAAAAACAUGGCAGAGCGAAUUUGAUAAAGCCAAGAAGGAGAAGAAGGCAGAGUUGGACGAUUUAAAGAAAGUCAUACAAGGGAACAAUACACCACCCUCGGAACAAAGUACACCAGGAGCAGCAGUAUCAGAACCAGCAAAGUCCGCACCUGCACCAAAGGAAGGAGGUAAGUCUACUGCUGUAAAUUGUGCAAUUAAGGAAAUACAGGGUGAUGGUGAUGAUAUAGAUCUUGAUUUACUUGAUUCUUGCUCUAAUGAUUCUAAUAAUAUUUCAGCAGAAUCGUCCGCUCCUCCUCCUAAUGAGGACCAGGAAGCGACUAAGGACACUGGUCCGAUGGGUGUCGCAGGUACUGAAGUAGCUAAAACUACUGCUACUCCUUCAGGUAGUACCAUUACUAAAGACCCCGUUGCGGAUCCCUCUACCUCCAAUAGUAAUUCUUCCUCUUCUAGCAGUAGUAGUAGUUCCUCCUCUAGUGCUGCUGAACUUCGUGCCCCAGGUCCUGGUCCUGCCACUGCUGGUGGUAGUGGUGGGCAAAAGGAUUAUAAUUCCCUAUUGGACCCAUUUAGUGGAAUUUUCACUUUCAAUUUUGAUAUCGAUGAUAAUGAUCCUUCCCAUGCAUUCGGAGGGGGUGGUCCUAAGUUACCUAAAGUUCCUGCCCAAGGAUCAAGAGGAGGCGUUUUACCAUCCCCCCUGUCUGGGUGGGGUGGAAGGAACGUAAGGGAGGAAAAGAGGGUUAUCCCUUUCGAUCUUCUUACCCCAUACCUUCCUACCAUUCCUGUCCUAAUGGGCUUUUCUGUCAUAAGUUAUCUCCUUUGGAAGUAUUUUGCCUUUAUUGGUAAGAGCAGAAAACGUUACAGAAGAGCUUAUCGAGUACGUGAUCCAACUGUGGAAGGACAACUUCUUGAUCAUGUGGACCAGGAUGGUGGUCCACGUGAAUAUUACAUUGUAAAUGAACACAAACCUCGUUCUACUCCUAAGAAAAGGAGGAAAAAACGGGGUGUUGGUCGUAGCCCUGCUGGUCGUCGUGCUGGUGUACGUCGCCGCAUGAUUAUUGAUAUUCAUUUAGAAGUCUUAGAGGAAUGUCAAAAAGGGGACACCAAACUGGUUCAGGAAGACUUUUUUGAAAUUUUGGUUCAAGAAUUCAUGGGAAGCAAAUUUAUAAAAGAAGAAAAUAUUCCUAAGGAAAGUGUUCCUGAGGAACAAUUUUCUAUGGUUGAUGUUCCUAAGGAAAGUGUUCCAAGUUCAGAUUCCGGGUUUAGGGAGAAAGACUUUGUUCCUAGGGAAGAAGUUCCUAAGGAACAGGUUCCAUGUUCCGAUUCCAGGUUUAGGGAGGAAGACUUUUUUCCUAAGGAAGGUGUUCCAAAGGAAGACUUUGUUCCUGAGGAAGAUGUUCCGAGUUCGGAUUCCGGGUUUUAG